CGAUUGUGAUCCCUUUAUAUCUCUACUCCACCGUCCCUCUCUCCCUUCAACUCAACUCAAGGGAACACACUAACGGAACACCUCACCCACCCCGUUCCGUUCCCUUCUAUCCUUUUCCCGUUCAUCUUCUUCGUAAUACUCUUUCAACAUUCUAAUAUAUUUCCGUGAGAGAAUCGUUUUAAGAAUUCAACAUUCUUCAGAUGGCAUCAUCGUCAAUGAUCACAAACCCGCCAACAGCGAGCACGGAGCGGUCACGUGACGCCAAGAGAAGAAAGAAGAAGAAAACACAGGAAAGAGAGGACGAGAAGCAGCCCAGGUGGAAAUCCCAAGCGCAGCAACAAAUCUACUCCUCCAAGCUGCGCCAAGCCUUAGCCAGAGUCAACCUCGGCUCCGCGUCGCCAAAAGGCAAAGCCGUGCGCGAAGCCGCCGACAGAGUCCUGGCCGUGACGGCCAAGGGAAGGACGCGCUGGAGCCGAGCCAUCCUCACCAACAGGCUCAAGCUCAAGUUCACGAAACACAAGAGACAGAGAGUGGCGGCGACGUCCCCUGGCCGGUCAAAGAGGGCUCGCGUGAGCGUUCACCGGCUGAAGGCGAAGGGUGGAGCGAGUGUGCAGAGGAAAGUUAGGUUCCUGGGACGGUUGGUUCCCGGUUGCCGGAAAGAACCGUUACCGGUUGUUCUGGAAGAAGCCAUCGAUUACAUACCCGCGCUUGAGAUGCAGGUUCGAGCCAUGAACGCUCUCUUUAACCUUCUCUCCGCCGCUUCUUCUUCUUCUUCGUCUUCUUCUUCUUCCUCAUAAUGUAUGUCACCUCACGUGUCUGUCCAUUUUUUAAACUGUUACUAUUAUUUGUCUCCUUUUCUCUCCACUUAAUUUGCUAAGUACAUAUUUAUCAAUCUAUGUAUCUAUCUAUUUUUGUCCCACUUUAAUCUCGGAGAAUGUGAACAUCCCUUUUAACUAUCACCGCACCAACCACAUCCACCUCUUGUAAUCCAACGUUAGUUUACACAUUGAUGUGAAUCUUGUUUGUUUCUGCUGCAAAUGGAUAAAUCUAAAUAGAUUAAUUAUCAGGUCAAUCGAAGCAAUCUCCACUGUUCGUUUCAACCACGCAUUCACCAAUGGAAUUGAACUAAUAGAAAAAAGUAUGGAGGAAUUUUCUUCAAAAACAACAGUCAUAGAAUCCAUUCUUUGCCCAAAUUGUGAUAUUAGGAACCGGAUCCAUGAUUAAGCAUGUGAUUUAAUGGUGUGAAGCUUGCAAAAAAUAUCAGUUUUUUUGUAUAGGAAAGGAAUAUGUGGUGUACGACGUAGGGUAAAAAAAAAAAACUACUCUGUUUGGAUCUGAAUUAAUACAGUAGGCUUUUAUGUUUUGAAGUGGAGUUAGUGGUGGGUAAUUUGGAUAGAUGCUAUAUUGGGUGCUAAGGUGGAUACGAGACAAAAACAUUGUGACAUCAGAUGCAUAUUUGUUUGGGGUUACUAUUGAAUGGCAAAGGUUAUUGCAAUGAA